AUGUCGACGCCGGCGGACGGCGCGGCGUACUGGCUCCGGUGGCAGGUGUUGGUGUGCGGCGCGCUCAUCGCCGUGCCCACGGCGCUGGCGGCGGCGCUGCUGCCGCGGCUGCGGAGGUCGGUGGCGCCGCUCCGCGCCACGGACCUCUGGCUCCCCUGCUGGCCCCGCCUCCACCCGGGCUGGCUCCUCGGCUACCGCGCCUUCGCGCUCGCCGCCGCCGCCGCGCUCCUCGUCCGCGACAUCGUCCCCCACGGCCCCAGGGUCUUCUUCUUCUACACCCAGUGGACCUUUUUAUUAGUCACCAUAUAUUUUGCGGUUGCGACUGCUAUAUCAGCUCAUGGAUGUUGGUCAUACUCAAAGAAAAGCUUGAGAAAAGCUGAUGAAUAUGGCGAUGUUGAAAAUCGUGACCUCUCAGCUUCUAUUUCUGGAGAUAGGAAAAACGGUGAGAUAGACAAGAUGGCAAGCUAUUAUGAACAAAUAGCAAAUGAGAAAAGAGCUGCUUUCUGGGGACGUUGUAUGCAAAUCAUCUACCAGGCUAGUGCAGGAGCGACAAUGUUGACUGAUGUCACAUUUUGGGGACUCCUUGUGCCAUUCUUUUACCGUGAUAAGUUUGGGCUUUCCAUGGUCACUGAUGGCAUGCACUCUGUAAAUGCUGUUCUCCUACUCAUAGACACACUUCUCAACAAUAUGCCUUUUCCCUGGUACCGGAUCGCUUUCUUCGUAUUUUGGAGUUGCUCCUAUGUGACCUUCCAGUGGGUCAUUCAUGCUUCUGGAGCUUUAUCCUGGUGGCCUUACCCGUUUCUCGACCUUGCAUCGCCCGGGGCUCCGCUAUGGGUACCUCGCCAUGGCCGUCGCUCAUGUCCCUUGCUUCUCUGCGUAUUGGCUGGUUGUCAAGGCGAAGCGCGCUUACUUCCCAAGGAUGUUCCCACAGGCUUACGUGAGGACAAGUUAGAGCCUCCAUCUAGUCAUGGAUCAUACUCCCAGUAG